AUGAGGCUUUUUAGCGGUCUAUUUGGUUCAACUGCUCGUCAUGAAGCUGUCACACGCAGCUUUGCAUUAGUUCGACGAGACAUGAAUACGCUAGCGUACCGAGUGUUUGAAGACCUUACAAGCGGCAAGAAACCGACAAAGACGGCAUUGGUGAUGCACGGCAUUUUAGGGAACAAGCUUAACUGGCGCACGUUCUCGCAGAAUAUGACCAAGACCAACCCGGAAUGGCGUUUUGUCUGCUUGGACUUGCGCGGGCAUGGAGACUCACCAUCAUUUUCACGUCCACAUACUUUGGAAGCAUGUGUCGAUGAUAUUUUUAAAUUGACCGCUGACUUAAAGCUGGAGCUCGCGGCCGUACUGGGACACUCAUUUGGUGGAAAGGUAGCGCUGACUUAUGUGCAGCAGUGCAUGAAGCUUGACCGCUCUCUACCUAGUCAAGUAUGGCUCUUGGACUCGCUUCCAGGAACAGGUGAAACGGAUUAUGCCAGUCGUGACCUCACCAGCUCUAUUGAAACGAUACUACCGGUUGUAAAGAAAAUUCCGCUCCCCAUUGCGUCCAAGGCGCAGCUAGUGAAGGAUCUGCAGAGCUAUGGCGUUGCAUUGGGAGAGGCGCAAUGGCUCACCACUAACUUGCGCAUGUCCAGCAGGAGUCCAGAACUUUACGAGUGGAAAAUGGAUGUGGACGUCGUUGAGCAGCUCUUCCGUUCAUUCCUAGCCACGGAUCUCUGGCCUGUUGUGGAGACCCCACCUAGGACAAAAGGCAAAGACGUGGAGCUCCAUUUUGUGCAUGCUUCAAAGAACAACAUGUGGACACCUGAGCUGCUUGACCGACUGGAUGCUCAGCAAGAAAACAAGGUGUACCACCAUGUGCUGGAGAAAUCUGGUCACUGGGUGCAUAUUGACAACCCUGUUGGUCUAAUGAAGAUCAUUCAGACCUACAUGGUUUUGUAG